AUGGGUGGAAAACGUUUAUUUGGAUAUUUGGGACUCUGUGGUCUAGUCGCUCUCUACUUUUUUGGUAACUCACGAAAGUUGCGGGUUUACGGUGCUUCACAGUGGGAAGCAUCUGCUUCAACGCAAGAACAAGAUCGCGGUGACUCAUCGCAAUACAAAGAGAAUACCAGAGUGCUGAAUAGCGCAUCUGAAUACACAAACAAUUCAUCGGCGUCAGCAUCAGCAUCAGCAUCACCGUCAGCAUCACCGUCAGCAUCAGCAUCAGCAUCAUCAUCUCCUGCUGAAUCCAAAGACCUUUCCGAGAACAAAGAUUAUUCAUCUGAAUACGCCGCCGCGUCAUCAACGUCAUCCCAUCAUAAUGAUUCAACAGCGGAUCACAUAAACUUGUCACCAUCGUCGUCGUAUCAUGCUAGCACCCAAAAUCUGUCCGCGAACAAUAUAUAUUAUAUCAAUGGCACUCAUGCUGUUGUGAACCAUUGGUAUGGAUGGCAACCAGAACCACAUGCAAUGGAUUGUUCCUGGGUGGAAUGUAGUGCGAAGAAGCACGAGAAUUGCAAAUUUUGUCGCGAUUCCCAGGAGGAUUAUAUUGAGGGUGUACCAGGCGGAAACAUGUCCUCUCUUGAUCCUGGGGAGGGUUGGAUCCCUGAUGUCACCAUGUUGCGUCGAAUGUUUUUGGAUGGUCACGAUGCCAAUGGGAGGCCUUGGCCUCCUCCAUUACCAAGCGAACUAUGCCAUAUGGUGAAAAGUAGCGACACCACGAGGAAAUUAUUGGAUGAGGCACAGAUAGUUGGAGCGCCAAUUUCGAGAACGCCAGAAACAACGGACAACAAAAUUUUCUGUUUUGUAUAUACCGUGGAGGGGAAGCAUGCCAACUCGAUUCGAGCACAGCGGGAAACAUGGGCGCCAGGCUGUGAUGGUUACCUUGCCUUCUCGACAAAGUCUGAUCCUCGCAUACCUGCCAUUAGUAUUCCGCAUUUGGGGAGAGAAAAGUACGGCAACAUGUGGCAAAAAAUUCGGAGUAUUUUUCAAUUUGUUGGGAAACACUAUCUAUCGGAAUUCGAUUGGUUCUACAUGGGUGGCGAUGACCUUGUGGUCUACCCACAAAACUUGAAAAACUAUCUUGGAACCAUGAAUUCUAGCGAAACUCACUAUCUCGGGAGACGCUUCAAAGGAAAGGAGCUGGGCCAAGAGGUGGGCUUCAAUACUGGAGGGGGUGGCUAUGUCCUCUCGCGACCGACCCUCCAGUGCUUACUCGACCACUUGGAGGACGAUGUUUGCAAACCAAGUUUGAGGACAGCCGGGGAGGAUGUCAUGACAGGAAUUUGCUUGGAAUAUGCCUGCAAUAUCACUUUCGAGGACACACGAGACAAUCAAAUGCGGGAGCGAUUUCAUCAUUGGAUGCCGGAUUUUGAGUAUUCCUACAAAGGGUAUAAGAAAAAGUUCUGGUAUUAUGAUUUCAUAAAGCACUGGGGUGAAAUUUUGAUAGGGAAUAAAAGUUGCUCAUCCGAAACUGUCAACUUUCAUUAUAUCAAGAAUCCAGCCAUGGCUCGUUACCUUUUUCACUAUGUCCAAAAUAUUCAGAGCUGUAAUCGAAGCAUAUCAUCCACAUUAUAA